GGAGACUAAGCGGAGCCCAGCCCUAGGGCGGGGCCUAGCCGAAGGCGGGGUCGGCCUAAAGGUGGGGCUUCCAGGAACGCUCUCCGGAAGCCCAGCGUUGCUGCCCGGGAAAGGCGUUUCCAGUCGUCGUAGCCGUUGCCGGUGCCGCGUCAGUCAUGCCGAAGCACGAGUUCUCCGUGGACAUGACCUGUGAGGGAUGCGCCGAAGCAGUCUCCCGAGUCCUCAACAAGCUGGGAGGAGUGGAGUUCAACAUUGACUUGCCCAACAAAAAGGUUUGCAUUGAGUCUGAGCACAGCACCGACACCCUGCUGGCAACUCUCAACAAAACAGGAAAGGCCGUUUCCUACCUUGGCCCCAAGUAGCCAGAACCUUGGGCGAGUCCCUCUGGAUGUACUGAAGAGGCUGUUGAUCCGGUCUCCAAGCAGAUUUGGAACACCAACUGCUCAGUCCAGCUCAGCCAUGGAGUUCCUGCCCAGACAGGCCCUCCCCGGCCGGCUUCCUGCCAGAUUCCUUGCAAUAAAGUCAAGCUGCAUUUGUUGAA